CAAAUAUUUUUUUCUGUUGGUGUGCUCGACUUUGUUAAUAUAUUUGCAAAAUUGAAUGGCAGCCAGCGCAAAAGUGAUGCUUAGACACUUCGUUCGCUCGCUGCACACACAACCGGCUCGUCUGUCUAGUUUUCGGUCGUCGCAGCCAGUGCAGCCGUUGGAAGCGUACCCUGAAGUGGAGGUGGUGCACAAUCCCCCCGAAUGGAAGUAUGUGGAGCGUCUGUUGCCACCGAGCACGGUGCCCGAGCCGGUCGCUAAGCCGACAUAUCCCUCCGGCUGGCAGCCGCAAAGGGCAAACGGCGACAACUCCAGUGGAUAUUUUGUGGCUCGCACAAAAAAUCACAUGGUGCCCGUCUAUCUGCACACACGAUUCCGUGGCCAGCGUCGCCUGACCGUCGUCCGACGCGUCCAGGGCGAUAUUUGGGCGCUGGAACGCGAUCUGCGCUCAAUUGUGGAGCAAGCACGCAAUGGGAAACUUUGCGCGACACGAGUCAACGAACUCAGUGGCCAGAUUUACAUCCAUGGCGACUACGUCGAUCUGCUCCGUGAGCACCUAAAGUCCAAGGGCUUCUAAAUAAAAAAAAAAAAAAAACAAAACAAAAGAAAGAAAAACAAAUAGAAUACUUGCGAUUCAAUAAACACCAAACGUUUAAAUGUUAAGUACUCCAAAACUGCGCAUGUAAAUAUUUUCAUAUGGAUUUGUGUAUU